GGGACUUCCGCCCCGGACACGGAGCGUGUCCCAUUGUACGAGCUGCUCUCGAACCCGCGGUUGUUGCGGCGCAACCCUGUUUAAAUGCGUGAUUCCUGUAAAGUUGUUUCGUCUCGUUGUCGCCGGUUCACCGCCUGAGAGUCGGGGCCACACGCGAAUCUUGACCGAGAAAGCACCGCGUUGUCAGCGGGACAAACAGCGGCGGGUCUCCCCGGAGGAAUCAGUUGGUUGUCGGCUGCGGAGCCACCUUGCGGUCCCGCUAGCACCGGAGCUAGCUAACGUUAGCGGCGGCGGUUUGUGCGGCGUGAAUCUGCCGGUGAUCCGCAGGGAAACAUGCGUCCAACCGGACACGGUCGUGUUUCCAAGUGAGUCACCGGAGCUUGGGUAAAACACCGGGGGCCGCUCGGCGCUCGAACCGCAGCCGUUAGCCGAGCUAGCUCGUUAGCUAACACCACCGGGUUGCCUUUCACAAAGGGGGGGCAGAGCGUGAACGGGAGCCGCGGUCGUCCACCUGACGCCGGCUGCUUAACCGACCUCGCCCGGGUUCUGUCGUAGCGCGAGCACCCGACCCGGUCCCAGGAUGAACGGGUUCAGCACGGAGGAGGACAGCCACGACGGACCGCCCGCGCCGCCGUUCUACGGGCAGAGCUGCUGCCUGAUCGAGGACGGGGAGCGCUGCGGCCGCUCCGCUGGAAACGCCUCCUUCAGCAAGCGGAUCCAGAAGAGCAUCUCCCAGAAGAAGCUGAAGCUGGACAUCGACAAGAGCGUGCGACACCUCUACAUCUGUGAGUUCCACAAGAACUUCAUCCAGAGCGUCCGCAACAAGAGGAAGAGGAAGACCAGUGACGAUGGAGGAGAAUCUCCGGAUCAUGACGUGGAGGUGCCUGAGGUCGACCUUUUCCAGCUGCAGGUGAACACGUUGAGACGCUACAAGCGACACUACAAGCUGCAGACCAGACCUGGACUCAACAAGGCCCAACUGGCAGAGACGGUGAGUCGUCACUUCAGGAAUAUCCCCGUGAACGAGAAGGAGACGCUGACGUACUUCAUUUACAUGGUGAAGAGCAGCAAGAGCCGCUUGGACCAGAAAGGAGACGGCGGCAAACCGUUGGACUAAAGCUUCCCCGACAACAACCGCAGCAAUCGCCACGACAGGAAUCGACAGUGAUCUAUACCCACGGUGACAAACAAUCAUUAUUGAAGCUGGACACCACUAACUACAGCAACCACCGCUUUGACAAGCUCCUCCCACAACCCUGCGCCCCACUCCUCCUUCACACCAGACAGUGACUCUCUCUGUCCUCAAAGGACGACCCACAGAGAAGGAGGCUGAAGAAUUCAGGAUGGGACGAGUUUCGCUUUCGCUCAUUUCGCCCUUUUCAGAUAAAACCCAGUCCGUGCACAUGUUGUCACGACGAUCGAUCCGCUCUCUCCUCCGCAAAAAGCCGAGUCCCUAAAGACUGUCGAGGACCAGGACGCCGCGUCUCCGCAGGGUUUUUACGUCGUCACGCUGUAAUGUAACUUGUCGAUAUGUACAAAAGGAAUCACGUCCGAUCUGAAGUAACCUGGUGGAAUGAAAUGUACAAAAUUAGCUGCCUUAAGUGUAAAAAGCAAAAACACGUUUUGGUAAUUUUGGGGGAUUUUUCUUUUUCUUCUCUUUGCCGAGUUGACUGUUAAACACGUUUCGCCAUCCACGGGGAACGCUUGUGCCAAACAGAGACCGAAAGAAGAGUGUUGGUGAUGAAUGAUGCCGAGUGGGAGGUUUUCUCUUCUUUUUUUAAUGUGAAAGAACGAAUGAAUUGUGGGAAAGCGGAGCCGCCGUCACUGAACUCCCGUUUAGCUCACGAGGGGCUCGGGGGUCACAAAACUGGCAAAGUCUUUCGCACUCUAAAAUGAAGAAGUCGCCGUUUUCCAACCGAACGUGAUGCAUUGAACGACUGUGGUGAAUGAAGUAGCAUUUGGCUGCGACCCACUCUUCUCCCUCACCGUAUCAACACACAAGGAUUUAUUUCUCUGAGCAUUGCAGGCGGUCGCUACUUCCUUUUUUAAAAAAAUAUAUAUAUAUAUUUAGUUUCUUUCUUUUUAGUUGAGCCACAAUUCUAUUGGUUGUAUAAAGUUGUUUCUUGGAGAUAUGAUUUAGUUGUUUUGUUUUUCAGCUAAAAGGAAAUGUGUGCGUCUGUGUGUGUACUUGUACUUCUGUCUUUGUGAGGACUUGUUUCACCUUUUUGGAGAGAGGACAUCUCAGCCGGUCCUCAUGAAUUGAAAAGGCUGUUUGAGUGUUAAUACUUGAUAUUAGGGUGAUGUUAUGGUUUAGGCGUUUAUUUGUGGUAGUAAAAGUUAAGGGUAGUGAGCUCGAGUGUUUUAUGUCAACAAGUGUCCUCGGAAAAGAGAGAAGUACAAGUAUGUCAGUGUGUGUGUGUGUGUGUGUGAAACAGGGGAAAGAGUAAAUAUUGGCACCUUUUUAAUAUUUAAGAGUUUAUAGUGGACGGCGUCUCAACUCUCGAUUUGAAGCUUUUCCAACCUGGAUGUAUUUCAAGAAGCUGGAUUGAUGACUGUAGAUUGUUCUUUUGUUUCUUCCCAUAGUUGGAAUGUCACGCAGCAGAGCUCAUUCACUUCACAGUCACUUAAAGUCACUUAAAUUACCCACACUCGUAGAUAUUAGUCCUCCAGAAUCGAAUGGCUUCUUUCUUGACCCAUGUCCCAUCCUUCCUCUUACGUUUUGUGGAAAUCUGUCCAGUGGUUUUAGCCUAAUCCUGCUGGGGACCGGGGAGGAAACGUAAAAACAUGUCUUACAUCUUCUGGGUGCCCUUCGUCCUCAUCAUGCUGCAGAAAUCCCUUUUUAGAGGAAGUCUUCAAUGUUUAACAGGUUGAUGCAGAACUGAAACUGUCCCUCUGGCUCAUGUGCGUAACUGAAUGUGAUACAUGUCCAAUGUGAAUCUAAUCUGACUCCAAAACUGCAUCACAACCAAACUGGAUUAGUGUUGCUGGUUUACGACUCGACUCCUUAAAGGUUUCACAUUUGUACGUAAACAGUGACUCUGCUAGUUUUGGCUGCAACUUAUGAUUUAUUUUCCUUAUUUCUAUUUAAGUAAUCUAUCACUUGUCCAUCUUGCAGUGUAUGAAAUGCUCUGCAGAGCUGAAGAAUCACGUCCCUGUUGAACUUUGCCAUCAGCGGUUCGACUGGGUCUUUUUAAUUUUCACCAAACCGCAGGCAGUGAUGAGAAAUGACCAGUAGGUGGCCUCCUGUGACCCCUGUUAGCGUUAAACAUGAUGAAUUUGACACGCUUAUUUAAAUCCUGUGUUGUUGCCGACGUCCGACUUCUGUUUGUCCUUCAUCUUCAAAUGCUCGUCCUCUGUAAACUGCAUUUCUUUUCUUUUUAAAUGAUGGUGACUUCAUGAGCGUACACACUGUUUGAGCUUCUUCUUUCUUUUCUUUUUUUUAUCUCGUCAUCUUUUGUUGCGUUAUAUUUAAGUUGACCAGGUUUCAUUUUGUUAGUGUUUGUAUUUUUUCAGUUUUGGCUUGUAGGUUUUUGUUAGUGUCAUGUAGAGAAACACCCGACUUUAUUAACUCAUAGGCCAUGCCACAUUAACCUAAUUAUUGUAUUAGAAAAAACAUAUUUAAAUAUGACUGCUUAUUGCUCCUGAUGAUGAUGAUGAUGAUGAUAAUAAUUAUAAUAAAUGUAUUGUACAGGCAGAA